ACAAUUUAAGUAGGUGCAUUGUUUUGUUUUCUGUAACAGGACACGAACAACUACGAUUGGUUGGCGGCAACACAAAUCAUUCUGGAAGAGUCGAAAUCAAUAUGGGAGGAUCAUGGGGCACAAUCUGUGAUGAUGAUUUUGACAGAGCUGAUGCAAUAGUGAUUUGUAGAAUUUUGGGGUAUCCGCGACCGGAAAGAGCAAUUGCUUACUCAAAUGCACACUAUGGGCAAGGUAAUGUGACUGUUCUUAUAAGGAAUUUGGACUGCAAUGGGAUAGAGGUAAACAUUGGUCAAUGCGAUCCAUCCUUUGACGCAUCAAGUCACUGUGACCAUUCUGAAGACAGUAGUGUGGACUGCUGUCCAAAUUGCGGCAUUGGGGGUCAGAUAAUAGGAUAGAUAAGCAAACGAUGUUGAAUUAAAUUUGUUGUAUAAGGACAGAAUAAAGUGUCUCUAUUGAUUUGU